AUUGAACGUUUUUUUUUUUAAUUAAUCUCGGUAUUUGAGUUUAACAUCAUUGACAGUUUAAAUUACUAGUUUUUUGCUACUUCUCAUGAACUAAGAAUCAAAGUCCACAAUUUGUUUAUAAAAGGUCAAUAUAAGAGCAAUCUUCGAAAAGAAAUUUUCUCUAAUAAAAUAUUUUAGACACAUUAUAGAAGAUAAUAAAGAAUUAUGACUCACAACGAAUUAAGAACUCAUUGGUUUAAAGAAGGAGUUAUUGCUUUAGGAGCCGGAGUACUUUAUGGCCUUACAAAUGUCGCCGUUGGACACCCAUUCGAUACUAUUAAAACUAAAAUGCAAGCUCAAUCUGGAUUCGAAAAAACAGGAAUGGUGCAAACAUUUACAAAAGUAUUUAAAUCUCAAGGAAUUGUAGGUUUAUAUAGAGGUUGUAUUCCGCCGUUUAUAGGAUCGGGAAUAUAUCGAUCAAGUCAAUUUGCAAUUUUUGAAGCUGCUUAUACAUAUUUAGAUAAUGAUAUUGGAAAAACAGAAAUUCCUUUAACGCAUGGAUUACAGAUAAGGGUCAUUGCGGGAGGUCUGAUGGCAGGUGCUACACGAGCUAUUAUUGAGUGUCCUUUAGAAUAUGCAAAGAUAAAACGACAAGUUGGUCAUACUUGGACAUUUAGAAAGAUUUAUACGGGAUUUGGAAUUACUCUAACAAGAAAUUUUGGUCUCUUGACUAGUUUCUUUAUUUUUAUCGACUCUGGACGAAGACAUUUUAGUGAACAAUUUCAAAGACCAAUUUUGGGUCCUUUCUUAGUGUGUGGAAUUGCUGCAACAAUGGCUUGGUGGACAGUUUGGCCAUUAGAAUACGUAAAAUCUCAAGUUCAGGGUAAUUAUGGAAAAGACCAAUCUUCUAUAAAAAGACUUCGUGGUAUUAUUUUUGAAAAAAAAGGAAUAUUUGCUUUAUAUCGAGGUAUUCUACCUGGAUCUUUAAGAAGUUUUAUCGCCAAUGGAAUGAGUAUGAUUGUGAUGUCCUUCGCACAAAGAAAAUUCACAGAACUUGGACUGAGAAAUUAACUUCACAAAGUUAUUUCUGUUGUUGUUUAAGACAAUGUUAACAUAAAUUUAUAUUAACUCGUAU